GGGCAGGUCAUAAUCUCAGCCGGACAAUCGCCAGGUCCAUUGUUCGUGAUCGACUCAGGACGAUGUGCUGUGUCUGUCCGGGGCAGACAGAUUGCUUUUCUUGAAGCAGGAGAAUGUUUUGGUGAAAUUUCUCUCCUCUCGGGUGAACCUAGGACAGCGGACGUGGUUGCUUUUACCAUUUGCAACCUGUUCUUGAUUCCUGCUCUGAGCAUCUUGCCCAUAAUGCAGAACAACCCUCUCCAGCCCUCUGUCGACGUGGAGAGACUGCAGCGUGCUGGAGUGAUCCUUUCUCACUGCUCGAGCGCUUGCAAAGAGGACAUGGCAGGUCGUGUUAGGCCGGUGAUCGCCAACGCGGGAGAUGUUCUGAUCCGGCAGGGAGUGUCGGGUCGGUCGCUCUUCUUCAUCGAGCACGGGAGCUGCGAGGUCCAAGUGGAUGGGCAGCAAGUCAGGACGCUGAGUAGUGGAGAUUGCUUCGGAGAAGUGAGUCUGAUG